AAUUUCAAACCCUAACAGACCGAGGGACGGGCCCCUGGAUUGUAGAAUAACAUAAACACCAAAACGUUAAAGCGUUUAGCCGUAUCAUUUUUACGUUUCCUUUCAUAAACCAGUGCAUUGUCCUAAUCAAAGGCCGCGGUUUUUUUUUUUUAUCCCACUGGAUCCGCGAAAUAGCUCGUCCGCCGCCGCGUCUUCGCUCCCGUUUUCCGCGCCUGGUUCAUUUGAAUGAAAACCCGACUCGUUUGCAGCAGGUGUUGACCAACCCGGACACUGACCCACCCUAAACUAUUACUCUUUUUUUGGCGGACAUAGCAAGCAAUUUCUGCAAGAAACAUGCCGCGGUCCAACAGGCAAAAAGAAUACAAACCUGGAGAUCUGGUGUUUGCUAAAAUGAAGGGGUAUCCACACUGGCCUGCGAGGAUUGACGAAUUACCCGAAGGAGCUGUGAAGUCCCCCUCAAACAAGUACCAGGUGUUCUUCUUUGGGACACAUGAGACGGCGUUCCUGGGGGCCAAGGAUUUGUGCCCCUACGAUGAAAACAAAGAGAAGUUUGGUAAAGCAAACAAGAGGAAAGGCUUUGCUGAGGGACUUUGGGAGAUCGAGAACAACCCCACCGUCAAGCAUGAAGCCAACGAUUCAUCUAAGAAGGACAACGCUUCAGAAGGAGCAGGGGAUGCUGGGAGCACGGAGAAAGCAGACGCCGAGGGCAGCAGCGAUGAAGAUGAAGGGGCUCUGGUAAUCGACGAGAAGAACGAGAGGGGAGGGAAUAAACGAAAAGCAGAGGAGUCCACAGAGGCUUCACCCAAGCGGCCGAAGGAUACUGAGGCAGACGGUGACACGAAAGUCGACGGCAGCAAGUCUAAAGCGGAGGCCAAGCUCAAUGAUGUGGCCGGACCCAAGGCAAAUGCCCCCUCCUCACAGAGCGAGUCGAAAGCAGAGGCCCAGGACAAGGCUCCCGCAGGAGAGAAGCUAACAGCAGACAAGCCUGUGACAGACAGCGCUUAACGUCAACUCUCAGAAGAAAAAACCCAAGAAACUUUGAUGCUUUUCCCAGGAAUUUAAGCAUCAACAUGAUUACCUGCAGGAUGCCAGAUUUCAACUGUUUAAUUGAAAGGAUAAUAAAAAAACAAAAAACAAAAAGUUUGUAUUCAGAGACAAACAAAUCUUCAUCUGCCAUUUUUGGGAUAUCAUAUAUCCCAGAAACAAAACGUUUGCUAAUCUGGUUCCAAACUAUUGAACUGAGCACUUAAAGGCUCAUUUAUAAAUGGGAUUUUGGUGUGUAUAUAUUUUUUAUUUCUAAGUGCAAUUACAUAAUUACAAAGACUGAAUGCUAGGUGUCAAAAACAUUUUCAGUUCAGAGGGAAUACAAAACUGAAUAUAUAAAAACAUUUAAACCCCACAAAAAUUCAAAAUACUUAUAUCUGAUGGUUUUAAAACACAUUAUUGUACAGGAAUAAGAACAAAUGUUCACCCAAGCUUUCAUAAAUUCAAUGUUUUACUUACAUCUAUCUCACCUAGCUUAUCAGCCUCUUCUUAAAUAAUAUAUUCAGUCAUUGGAUACAUGAUGAGUUGCACUUUGAAAAUUAGGUUUUUUUUUUCAGCUGCCCUAUUAAUCAUUGUCUAGUUCACUGUAUGAUGUUUUAAUGCAACACAGGUUUUGUUGCUUUAGUGUAGUGGAAUGCUUCAUUGCAGGUGACCAAAUUACAGGAUUCUUUUCUCCAGAUUGAAUAUUUAAAGCCCAUUUGAAAAGUGCUAUUGUAGGAUCAAAUCAGUCACUUUUCAAAGCCCUAUUUUACUUCCAUCCGCUGAUGAAUGUUAAUUAUUGGAACCAGAAAGACAUUCCUGAAUGUUGUUGCUCAGUCUUUAAGUUUUGGAGUUCUUUUGCAGGUAGUAAAAGUUAUUUGUCGCAAUUUUUUCUGGAGAAAUGAUCUGGCAAACAUUUCAAAAUCCAUCAAGUCAACUGUCAAUUCCUCCCAGUUCUUAUUAAGCUCAUGUUAAUGCUGCCAUUGGUUCAUACUUGAAAUGUAACCAGGAAGAACACUUAGUUGCAUUCAUGAAUUGGUUGUACCAAAUACGUUUUUGUUUUUUUAAUGUAUAGCUCACAUUGUUAAUGCCAUCAUAUGAUCUCCACAAAUUCAUGAGAAGAGUGUAGUGAACCAUCUGUAAAGCUUAGUUUUUUCCAAACCUCUUAACUGGAAUAUGAGUCUGUUUUACUUCAAUGGUCUUAUUAUUUUGGCUGUAAAACAAAGUUGUGAUGUACAAGGUGUGUUCUAUUUUAUCAUUUGUUUAGACUACUGUUUAGACACUGUGUUACUUGGAUGUCAUUGUCAUCGCUUUAGUGUUCUUGCCUGUAUCUGGCAACAUGGAGUUACAGUUAAUCAAGUGAAGAACCUAAGGGAAUUUCAGCUUUUAAAAAUGAUCAUGAAACUGACUGCUUUGCCUAAAAACGGCUUAUACCCCCACCUAUAACAUUGCCCUAAUUGCAACUAAAAAAUGGUCGAAGGGGCCCAUCUGUAAUAUCGAGGGUAUCAUUUGGCAUUGAGGUGUUAUUCUUGGUUAAGCUUUCUCUUUUCCUUUCAGAAGCAUUCAUCUUUAUCUGCUGCUUACUGUUGUAGUUGCCAGUCCAUUUAAUAAACAUGUUGAUUACA